AUGAUCCUCUUUAAAACACGCUUCUUCUGGCACAACUUACAUGUUACUCGGCGUCUACACAGAGCGGCUGGACUCCUCGUCUCUGCGCGCCAGCUACAUCUCCGCAUCGACAUGUCAGCGUUGAGGGUGCGGGCUCUAGCGGUACAUCCUCUUUGCACUAUGUUCGUAUUGGCGUACGCAAUUUUACCCGGCAUUGCUGACGUUCUAGCCAGAAGGAAAUAUGAUGCAGUGGUCCUUGAUCAGUUUGGUGUGCUGCACGACGGAAAACGUGCCUACCCAUUUGCCAUAGACUGUGUGCGGGAGCUGCACCGCCGCCACGUGCCCUGCGUGGUUGCAUCGAACUCUUCUCGUCUCCGUGAGGACUGCCUAGAACAGCUGGAGUCGCUCGGUUUCCGUCGUGAGUGGUUUGCAGGUGCCGUGACCUCAGGUCAACUGACACAAGACGCUUUGCUGGAGUUGCGACAAGCGCUCCGGAACCGCCAGCGCGAAGAGCCGCCAGCUACCCGAGUCUUCCACACGAACUGGACGGAUCGCGGCCGCGCAACUUUGCCCUCCCGAAAGCCGGAUAAUCUUACAUACGACUACAAACCAGUCGGUAUGCGGGUGGAGGACGCGGAGCUGGUGGUGACCCACGGGACCGAGGGCGUUACGCAAGAAGACGGCCAGACAGUUGCACCGCUGCCCUAUGCGACACUGGUUAGCCUCCUCCGCGAGUGCGCAAGGCGCCAGCUCCCGCUGUGGUGUAGUAAUCCGGACCUCGUAACCGUGGUUGGAGGCGUGAACUACGUGAUGCCUGGAUCACUGGCCCAGGCGUAUGAGAAAAUGCUCGCUGAUGAAGACGUCGACGCUGAGACCAUUCGGCAGCUCGUCCUUCGAUUCGGGAAACCCGAGCUGCCAGUCUAUGAGACAGUGCAUCGUAUUCUCGGACUGGAGCCAGUCUGGCGCAAACCGCCAACCAUGGUUCACCAAUCCACUGCGACAAGAGCGAAAAGCGUGACGGAGGACAAGACCGGAGCUAGUACACGACUCUUGGCGAUAGGAGAUUCGCUCUUGCACGACAUCUUGGGCGGACACAACGCUGGCAUGGACACGGUACUGGUUGCCGGUGGUAUCUAUGCGCGAGAGUUCUUCGGCAUACCUGCGGACGCCGAAAGCGCUGCAUCGAUUGUGCUGCAGAACAAAUGCGAGAUCAAAGCCGCUGCUGUGGAGUACCUGUUGCAUCAUUUCGAUUCGCCUGUCACGCCAAGUUUUGUUACGGCGUACUUUCGAUGGUAA